AUGGGGGGCACUACAAAGUCAUCGACACCCGAUCUGUCUGGAAAGGUUGCUAUAGUGACUGGCGGACACACAGGCCUAGGAUUCGGUACAAGCAUUGAGUUGGCUAAACAUGGUGCGCGUGUAUACAUUGCCAGUCGCUCAGACUCGAAGGUCAAGAUUGCCAAAAAUGACAUCCUGAAGGAGUUUCCCUCCGCAGAUGUCCAUUUCCUUCCCCUGGAUCUUGCCGACCUAGACAGUGUCCGACUGGCAGCUGAAGAAUUUACUCAGCUUGAGUCCACUCUUCAUAUACUGGUGAACAAUGCUGGCGUGAUGUGUUUGCCCUACGAAGAAACGAAAGAUGGAUUUGAAAUGCAAUUUGCGGUGAACUAUCUCGGGCAUUUUCUCCUGACAAAAUUGCUUCUUCCAACCCUUUUGAAAACGACCGAGUCUACCCUAGAAGGCACAGUUCGAAUUGUGAAUGUCUCCAGUGACGGACACGAAAAGCUGGCGCCAAAGCAGGGCAUGCUUUUUUCUGAUAUGAACAUGAAAGAUGGUUUCUCAGUCUGGGCUCGGUAUGGCCAUUCAAAACUUGCCAACGUGCUACAUUCCAAAGAAUUGGCAAAGAGAUAUGCCAAGAUCAUGUCUCUUUCUCUGCAUCCGGGGACUGUCAAAACGGGAUUAUCGCAUGGUCCGCUGUCAUCAACGCCGAUGUAUCGCUUUAUAAAGCCGCUUGUGGAGCUAGGUGCUCCAGGUCCGCGCGAGGGAGCAGGUGCCAUUGUUUAUGCCGCGACAUCCAUGUCUCUCCAAAUCAAUCGCGAUAAUGGAGCGUAUCUUCUGCCGGUUGGUAAAGUUUCAGCGGCUAGCAAAGCUGCGAGAGAUUCAGCAAUGGCACAUGAUCUGUGGGUCUGGACCGAAGAGAGAGUAUAA